CUUUGGCAGCUGGUGUCCUCCGACUUUUUCGGUUAAUAUUUUGGAUGGGAAAUAGCAAAAUGCAAAUCUUGCAAAUGACUUUCGCAUACGCUCAUUUGUUUCAUAUUGAUCGAGCUACUAACGUCAUCAGCCCCGCUGUACCAGCUACACAAAUCAAAGAAUAUGGCUACAACAGAUACAAUGAAGCGACCCUACAGACACUCGUCCACCACUUCUCGCUUUCCUCCUACAAGUCUGCAGGAUAUUACAGAAAUGCCCCGACAUCUUGAGGGCCCAUACAACCAAGAUGGUCCGCACGAACGCAUGGAACAGCGCAACACAUAUGGGAGCGGUAGCAAUAGUACGAAUAACAAGAAGACCACCACCACCAGCGGCAGUAGCUAUGACGAUCAGCUGCUGACAAAAGGAGAACGAGUUGGAGCUAUUAUUGGUCUUGUAGUAGUCUUGUUCGUUGUCCUGUAUUUCAUCAUGCUGAACAUACGUGUUCGACGGCCGCGCUCCAGGCGAAAACACAGGCGCAGGAACACCGGUAGAAGAAAGCGCACAUAUGAGGAGGACCACGAUUCAACCACCGACGACGAUUCCUCCACUGCAGAAUUAGAAAUGGCCGAGCAACAGUCCGUGACACCUUAUGCUCUGACGAAAAACGAGGACAAACAAGUGGACAAACCGCAGGUGUCCCAGGCUAGGUCGUGGCUCUGGAAUCUUUUCAAGAGGACCGUUCAAGAAGAAGAUAAAAACCAACUCCACCAGGCACCAAAACAUACUGUUGGCAGCAGCGAUUGCUACUACCGUCACGACAGUGACGAAAUCACGUUUCCGUUUGAUGAAAAGUCAUCGAGGAGAGUUGCAAACGGAACAACUGAGAACCUUUAUGUGAGCAACGAUGACUCGGUAAUUACUUUACGUGACAACGACGAAAGAGAUACAAAUGGCGACGAUGUUUUUGAUGGGAUCGAAGAUCGGGAUGUCCUAGCGAGCGUGCGAUUGAGCUCGGCUUCGACAGCAUACACAACGAACCAAAUAUAGUCAAUUCAAACAAGAUCAUUCGUAUUCUGAACGUGUGUCCUAAAAUGUAACACAAUGUCACGACAACCAUGUUCAGCUUGUCUUUCCCUAAUACUUUCUUUUUGUUUGAAUAAGUAGCUACCAGAAAAACGAUUACUGGUUCCGGCGCUACUUCUGUCAUAUCGAACACAAAUGGUGAGGGGUGAUUGUUGUGUAAAUAGAGCAAAUAUUAGUCG